UCUCCCUCCCGGUGAAACAUUAACUCCCUCACAAAACCUGCUCCGGUUGCAAAACCUCCCCUCGAGGACGAGGGUCACCGUGUGCCCCCCCAGCAUUGUCCCCACCACCCCCAUCUCCCACCCUGGGAGUCCUUGGAGGGCACCGGGGCAGCACCCCCGUCCCAGCCCCGCUGCCCGGGGGUGUCCCUGAGCCCAGGUGUGGGACACGUGGCCUGGGACGUGACCCUGGUGCCGCCUGUGGCGUUCCCUGCGGACGGACAGACGGACGGGCCACUUGGACGGACCCCACGUCCCAGGAGGCACCCACGGGCAGGGGGUCUGCGCCCACCACGGCUCCCACCACCCUCACCCCAGCGUCCCCCUCCUCCCCCAGCUCCACUGUCCCCAGGAUCCGCCCCAUGGGCCCCCCCGGGCUCCUCCUGGGGCUCCUCCUGGCUCUGGGGGCCGGGGGGACGCCGGAGCCGCCGGGGCUGCUGCCCGAGGACGCGGCGCAGGAGCACGGGUAUUACCUGCAGCAGCUCUUCGGGCAGUACGGGGCCAACGGGACCCUGCCCUUCGAGGGGCUGGCGCGGCUGCUGGGCAGCCUCGGGCUGGGCCGCGUCCAGGUGGUCCAGAUCCAGCACGAGGAGCUGGGCCACGGCCACGUCAGUCACCUGGACCUGCUCGAGGUGCAGGAGGAGAAGCACCGGCACCGGCACCCGGUCUGGGAGCACGGCGGGGACGCCGCUCCUGGCAGCCCGACCACCGACCGACCCCACAGCCCCCUGCCCUCCCAGACACAAAGCUGGGUGAAGCCAGAGCCCGCCGAGCCCCCCGGUGCUGGGGGGGACCCCCGGCAGUACCGGCCCACCCUCAGCCUGCUGGGGAGGGUCCUGGGCUUGGAGCACUCCAGCGCUGACCACCCGCACGACGACUGCCUCAACGUGACCCAGCUGCUGGUGAAUUUCGGGCUGGACUCGGUGUCGCAGCUGACGCCGGAGCAGUUCACGCUGCUGUGCCCGGCCCUGCUCUACCAGAUCGACAGCCGGGUCUGCAUCCAGCACAGCGAUGAGGUGACGCUGCCUCCCCCGGGGGGGGGCCUGUGGCCAGCUCUGGGCUGGGCUCUCCUGGCCGUGGCCUCCGUGAGCCUCCCGUCUGCCCUGGCCGUGCUCCUGGUCCCGCUGCUGAGCCGCGGCUUCUUCCGCUCCCUCCUGGCCUUCCUGGUGGCCCUGGCCAUGGGGACGCUCUGUGGGGACGCCUUGCUCCACCUCUGGCCCCACGUAGGUACCUCCACCCCUGUGGAGGGGAGGUGGCACUCUGGGGGACACCGGGGAGACGCUGUCGGAGCCGGGCCCGCAGUGCUGCAGGGGCUGGCAGUGCUGGGGGGCAUCUACCUGCUCUUCCUGCUGGAGCUGCUGCUGGGGAUGCUGCGGCGCGGGCGGGAGGCCACGGGACACCCCCACGGAGAGACCCCUGGUGUGGCUGUGGGGGUCCUGGCACCGCCACCAGGAGGGGCCGAGCUGAGACACCUCACAGCACCAGGCACGGACCCAGAGCUGGAGCUGAGGCCCCACAGACCCCCCCAUGAACCCCCCCACGGACACUCCCACGGCCCCGCGCUGCCCCUCAGCCCCAGGGCCACCGACAUCGUGUGGAUGGUGGUGCUGGGGGACGGGGUCCACAACCUGACGGACGGGCUGGCCAUCGGUGCCGCCUUCUCCCACAGCCUCUCCAGCGGGCUCAGCACGGCGCUGGCUGUGCUCUGCCACGAGCUGCCCCACGAGCUGGGUGACCUGGCGGUGCUGCUGCGGGCGGGCACCGCCCCCCGCUCCGUCCUGCUGCUCAACCUGCUCUCGGCCCUGCUCUCCUGCCUGGGGGUGGUCGUGGGGGUGGCCCUGGGGCACAGCGGGACCCCCCUCACCCCCUGGGUCCUCACUGCCACCGCCGGCAUCUUCCUCUACGUGGCCCUGGCCGACAUGCUCCCCGAGGCGCUGCGGGGAGCCGAGGGCCCCGGCGAGGGCACCUGGAGCCGCUUCCUCCUGCAGAACGUGGGGUUCCUGCUGGGCAGCAGCGUCAUGCUGGGCAUCGCCCUGGCCGAGGGGCACGUCCGCGCCUGGCUGCAGCUCUAGGGGCUCAGCCGGGCCAGCACCGCAUGGCAGGAGCCCCAACAGGCCCCAGGACCGCAUGGCAGGACCCCCAACGGGCCCCAGGACCGCAUGGCAGGACCCCCAACAGGCCCCAGGACCGGAUUUUUUCACCUCCUCAAGACCCCAGCGGCAUCCGCUGCCUCAGGAGCCUCAGGCUCGGCCCUGUGGGGUGGGACUCGGGGGUCUCCUCAACGCCCCAUGGUGGGGGCAGUGGGGCGCUCACACACCAGAUCCAGGGCUGAAUCUGAGCUCGUUCCCCUUCCCAUCCUCCCAGACCAGGCAGAGGAAGGACAACAGCCCUUAGCAGCAAUAGCAUUUCAAUAAACAUAACUGAUUCAAAGCCACAACACGAAGAA